CGUAGCAACUCUAGCUGCAGCACCAAGCUCUUCGGCCUCGCUCUUCGCAGUCAAUACUUUCAAUAAUAAUAAUAAUAAUAUUCUCGCUUUUGUGGAUUACAUUUUCGUUUAGUUUUUUGCCUUAUUAGUAUUUCAUUUUCCCUCUCUUGUCGUGCGAUCCCCGGGGAUCAGCCAUUGGACGUCGACUAGCUACUCGCCAGUCCAUUGAUCGUCGAUCGACGACGAUCGUCCUAUGUGAAGCCGGUCGGUUCUGCAUCAUCGAUAUUAUCAUAUUAUUAUAGUCAUUGUCCAGUGUUUGAUCUUUCAUCAUGAGUGUACAAGGAUUUGAGGAUCUAAUUCUUGGUCCUUUGACCACUUUUGUCCAAUUAUCCAAUCAAAUUGGCGGUGAUGUAGCCACUCAGGCUGCACUUGUCCUUAGUGCUUUUCAAGCUGAGUUUCAAUUCAUCAAAUAUGCCAGUGAACAUAGUGCACCAAGUGAAAAUGAAAAACAAAAGCUAUUACUUCCUACCAGUACAAAAAUCCAAGAGAUCCAAACACUAAGAGAGAAAAAUCGUGGGUCUCCAUUUUUCAAUCAUCUCAGUGCCAUCAGUGAAAGUAUACCUGCAUUAGGUUGGGUUGCUGUGUCUCCUACUCCUGCUCCUUAUGUUAAAGAAAGCAAUGAUACUGGUCAAUUUUACACAAACCGCGUGCUUAAAGAAUGGAAAGAAAAGAACAAAACUCAUGUUGAAUGGGCUAGAACUUGGGUUCAACUUUUAGUUGAUCUUCAAGCCUAUGUCAAACAACACCAUACAACUGGAUUGGUUUGGGCAAAAGCUGGAACAAAACCAUCCGGAGGUCCCCCACCACCACCACCACCAUGUGGAUUACCGCCAAUGGAUGAUUUAUGUUUAGCUCCUGCUGAUCCAGAUGCUACUAAUCGUAAUGCUUUAUUUGCAGAAAUUAAUCGUGGUGCUGAUAUCACUAAAGGCUUGAAAAAAGUAUCUUCUGAUAUGCAAACCCAUAAAAAUCCUAGCAUGAGAGUUAGUGGACCGGCCCCUGCUGUAAUUGGCAGUUCAUCAAGUGUGUCAGCGCCUAAACCAGCUGUUGAAAAACCUCCAGUGUUUGCUCGUGAUGGUAAAAAGUGGCUCAUCGAAAACCAAAAGAACAAUACUAAUCUUGUAGUUGAUGGUGCUGAAAUGAAUAAUGUGGUGUACAUAUUUAAAUGUGUAAAUUCCACGAUCACAGUAAAGAACAAAAUCAAUUCAAUUGUCAUGGAUUCUUGUAAAAAAUCAUCUAUCGUAUUUGAUUCAUUAGUCUCAUCUGCUGAAUUUAUUAAUUGUCAGUCAGUUCAAAUGCAGGUGUUAGGUAAAGUGCCAACUAUUACAAUCGAUAAAACGGAUGGCUGCCAAAUGUAUUUAAGCAAGGAUUCCUUGAAUACUGAAAUUGUUACAUCUAAAUCAUCCGAAUUGAAUGUAAUGGUUCCCAAGCCAGAUGGAGAUUAUUCUGAGUAUCCAAUACCUGAACAAUUUAAGACAACAAUUGGACCAAAAGGUCUUAAUACUAUUAUUAUUGAAGCUUCUGGGUAAAUUUUAAACAUAUAGGUACUCACUUGUUGAGUUCAACUUAUAAUCUUAAAUUUAUUCAGCAUUUAUUUAUAUAGAAUUAGGAGUGAAAAAGUAAUAUUAUUAUUUAUUUUAAUGUAAAUGUUCUAAAUUAAAAAUUAAUUUCAUUAUUCAAUGUUUCAAUUUAUACAAUUAAUAUUGAGUAAAAUUAGAUUUUUCUAUUAUUGCUAACUGUAUUAAAUAUAUGAAGUAAUGAGUGAGUAAUAAAUGUGUAUGGUCCAAAAUAGCCCUAGAAAUAUUUGAUUUAUAUAUUUUAAAGUUUAAACCAUAUAAUUUAUAUCUUGCUCAUCACUAUACAUAAUGCUCAUAUUUUUUACAUUAAUAUAAACCCGUUUUUACAAAACAUUAAUGAAUUUAUAAAUA